CGCCCGCCAGUCGCUUGCUGUCAAAGAGACUGCAUUAUUCUGAUUCUGUGGCAAUAAUUUCAGAAUUUUUUCCAUAGAAAUAUUUUCAUUUUAUCAAGUGCUGUGAAUAAAUUUUUUUAGACAUUAUGAUACACAGCCUAUUUAUAAUAAACCCAGCUGGGGAUGUAUUUCUAGAGAAACAUUGGCGUAGUGUUAUUCCUAGGUCUGUCUGUGAUUAUUAUUUGGAAGCCCAGCGUGCAUCACCAAAUGAUGUACCACCUGUUUUGGCUGCUCCACACCACUACCUUAUCUCCAUUCAAAGAGGCGGAGUAGCACUGGUAGCUGUUUGUAAACAGGAAGUAGCACCUCUUUUUGUGAUUGAAUUCUUACACAGAGUUGUCGACACAUUCCAGGAUUAUUUUUCUGACUGCACUGAGACAAUUAUAAAAGAAAAUUAUGUAGUAGUUUAUGAGUUACUGGAUGAAAUGUUGGACAAUGGUUUUCCUUUGGCAACAGAGAGUAACAUUUUGAAGGAACUUAUCAAACCACCAAACAUUUUGAGAACUAUCGCAAACACUGUUACAGGAAAAUCAAAUGUAUCUUCAAUAUUACCAUCUGGUCAGCUGUCAAAUGUCCCAUGGAGGAGAUCUGGUGUCAAAUAUGCUAAUAAUGAAGCAUAUUUUGAUGUUAUAGAAGAAGUUGAUGCUAUAAUAGACAAAUCUGGUGCUACUGUCUCAGCAGAAAUACAGGGUUAUAUUGAUUGCUGUAUCAAGCUAAGUGGGAUGCCAGAUCUGACAUUGACCUUUGUAAAUCCUAGACUGUUUGAUGAUGUUUCAUUUCAUCCAUGUGUCAGAUUUAAACGUUGGGAGUCAGAGCGAAUAUUGUCCUUCAUACCCCCAGAUGGCAACUUUCGUUUGAUGUCAUAUCAUAUAGGGUCACAGAGUGUUGUGGCGAUUCCAAUAUAUGUUAGACACAACCUGUCUCUAAGAUCUAACGGUGAUCAGGGAAGACUCGACCUGACUGUUGGGCCUAAACAAACCAUGGGUAGAACAUUGGAAAAUGUAGCAUUAGAAAUAUGUAUGCCUAAAUGUGUUCUCAACUGCUCUCUAACUGCGAACCAAGGGAAGUACUCGUACGACCCAGUGAGUAAGGUGCUGCUUUGGGACAUUGGACGCAUAGAACUGCCGAAGCUGCCCAAUAUAAGAGGAUCUGUAUCAGUGGUAUCAGGCGCGGACACAUCAGGCGCUAAUCCUAGCAUCAACGUCCACUUCACUAUCCCCCAGUUAGCUGUAAGCGGGCUGCGUGUGAGCAGGCUUGACAUGUACGGGGCCAAGUACAAGCCGUUCAAAGGCGUCAAGUACGUCACCAAAGCGGGCAAGUUCCACGUCAGGAUGUGAUUGAAGCUCUAUACGGACGCCGACGGACUUUAAACCCUUCCGAGUUGCUGAAUGAAAUUUUAAAAGAGAAUCUUGUUUAAAACCUCGUUGGUUGCAAAUAGCUGAUAAGGAUGAAGUGAAGUGAGCAAAUUAGAUUCUUGGUGCAAGUGGUCCUUAAAGAGCAUAAUUUGCGUUAAUUUUUAAACAUGAAAUAUUGUUUGUUAUCAAUGCCUGAUUCUUAUAUGAAACAAUCGAAAUAUAGCUGCUAAUUUCGUAAUAUACCUACCUAGGAUGUGCGUGUGGACUGAGUGAUUUGAACCAAAUUAUAAGAGAAUUUAAGAAAUAAUUGUGAAAACUUAAUGGUAAGGAAAAAAAAUUGUAAAACCUAACCAAAGAAAGUUAGAACUAAUUAACUGGAUCACUCAAUCUGGACACCUGAAGAAUAAGCCAUUACCCGUAUCCAAGAAAAUACUACCUAUGUGUUUAUAAUUUGUAUUUGAAAUAAUUGUGAAGAAUUUAUGAAAGCUGCUAAACAAAUUUUCGAUUCAUUUCAAAGCCUAGUAUAAGAUUUAGAACGGUUUAUAUGGAUCACUCAGAAUGCACUAUGUUCAUUUGAGUGAUCUUUUAAAACACUACCUUAUACUGAAAAAGUAUGAAACAUUAUCAUGUUUGUUAUAAAUUAUGCUUCUGGGAAAAUUGUGAAACAAAGAUCGGGAUUGAAAUCUUACUGGUUUAAGAGAGAGAAAUGAAAAUGAAAAUCUUGUUUUUCCUCGAUCGUCCCAACUGAGUGAUCCUUAUCUUGAACUAUAUUUAAUAAACCCAAACUUAUAGGUAGAAGGUAGUUACAUCAGAAAUUGUGAAAAAUGUUGUGCUAGAAUUUGACGAACCAAUCGUCCCAGUAAGUGUUAUAUUUUUCAUCCCACCACCUCGGAAAGUGUAAUUUUGCGCUUCGAAAUCUGGCUGGAAAAUUCUAUUUUAUUCGCUUGAGCGGCAAAGUAGAUUUGAAUUUAGAACAUCACAUAUAAUGAGUACUCAAUAUAAUUGUAAAUUCAAAACGUCAUUAAACCUAUUUAAUGUAACCUCUAUGGUGCCAAAUUUAUGAUUAGAACUUUUUAAAUUGUGAAAAAAUUUAAAUUUGGAACCUUCUUGGUUUCUUUGUUUUAUUUGCGUGCUUCGCGCCAUUCUAGUUUUUCACGUUUUAUUGCUUAAAUAUUUUGUCAUUAUAAAUUGUUUUCUUUUUCAUUUUGUCAUUUCCUCGCUGAGGUGGGAUGAAAAGUUACGUAUUGCACUCGAGUGGAAAGAUUUUUCACCUUGUGCUCGUUUGUUUCCCUCGCUGACGCUCAGGAUUCUAAUUUAGAAUCACUCGCUGCGCUCGUGAUUCAACUUUAGAAUCACUCGCUGCGCUCGUGAUUCAACUUUAGAAUCCUUCGCUUGCUCGGUCAUCCAAAUCGAGCACGCGGUUAAAAAGGAACUUUCCACUCUUGUAUAAUAAAUAACUAUUAAAAGAUAACUCAUUUUUUACAAUCCUUAAGGAAAACGUUGAGUAGGGUGAUCAUAUCGGUUUACUUGAGUACCGAGAGUUGUGUAAGUUUUGUUUUUAGAAGUUUUAAAGGUGUUUUUAUAGUGUUUUCACUACUUAAUACAUAAUUUCAACAUAAAAUGACGUUUUUAUGUGACAAAUUUUCAGCAAAGUUAGGUAUUGUCACACUGUAUUAGGUUUAUCAUACUAAGGAAUAGGGAUGUCGAAAGUUGCAAAAAAUAUCGAUAUAUCGAUACAUCGAUAUUUAAAAAAAUAUCAAUAUCGGCUUCGAUAUAUCGUGAAAAAAACAUCGAUAUAUCGGACCAAUUUUCCCAAAAAUAUAUUUAGGUCAGCCUAGCACAGUAAUAAUAACAAUACAAAUUAUAAUUAAUAUACAAUAUCUCACGAAAGAUGACACGCGGAAUAAUGAUGGAAUGAAAAUUAUCUCCCUAAAAAUAUACCCUAUUUUCGAAUGAUGAAAAUGAUUGCAGGGCCUCUCAGGUGCCAUCUUUCGUAAACAACACUAGACAGUCACAAACUUCCACAGAAUAUAAUGGAAUUCAGCACAACCAAUUCACCAGCGAAACAGAUUUACACAUCAUAGGGUACGGCCAGAGUGCACUCAGAUUCAGAUUCCGAAAACAAGCGCGAGAAAUAAACAGUGUAGUCGAAGGGUACGGCCAGAGUGCACUCCUGAUUCAGAUUCAGACUCAGAAAACAAGCGCGAGAAAAAGCAGGCAACCUGCUUAGACUACACUGUUUAUUACAGCACAGAUCAUAGAUAUGUUGAAUAUCAUUAAUCUGAGCUCCAGUUACGAUUUUUCCAGAUACGAAUUUAGUUAGAUCGUGAUAUGCCGCUAAUAAUUAAAAAAAAUAUCAUUUUUGAUACGAAUUUCGAUAUUGGUUAUUUUGUAUCGAUGAAUCGAUAUAUCGAAUCAAAAUAUAUCGGCUAAAAAUAUCGAUAUAUCGAACAAAUAAUAUCGAUAUAUCGAUAUAUUUUCAACAAGCCUACUAAGGAAUUGUACACACAAAAAAAAAGAUCAGAAUUUUUUAAGGAACCAAAGAAAUUAACUUUUUAGUAGUUUAAGUUUUUUUCUAACAUUCAUAGUCUAAAAUGUUACCUAAUCGAUAAAUCCGUAGGACAACGUAUGUAAAAUAACUGGUUCUUCUUCUUUGCUGUUAUACAUUUAUCCCAUCAAAUCAUCAUAACAGACUAUUUUUUUGUUAUGGACACCAUGUCCUCUGUAGUGGCCAAUAUUAUCGGGACUUCAUUCAUUGCACUGCCACCAUCAUUACCCCAUUGUGGCACAACGAUGAGUAAUAUCAAAGUACUUGCUCGAUUCUUUGGAUAGGUUACAGCGGCGCGCGAUCCGCAUCAUAGGCGAUGAGGAGGUGACUAAACACCUUGAGCCUCUUCAAUUACGCCGUGACGUGGCGUCACUAAGCGCGUUCUAUCGUCUGUGUUCUAAGGAGUUAUUCUCUCUCAUUCUACCUUCCCCUUUCCUUCAGAGGAUCACGCGCGCUGGCCUACGUUGCCACCGCCUAACUGUGGCCGCAAUUCCAACGCGUACAAAGAAAUUUGGUGACUCAUUUCUUUGUCGCACUAUCCGUAAAUGAGAUGCUCUGCCCGCUCACGUGUUAAUAUUUUUUUUUUUAAAUAAAAACUUCAAUGAAUAUUUCAGAGACGAUGAUCAUUCCCUCUUACAACCUGGGAUCCUUUAAUAGAGGCGUGAAGAAGCAACUCGCAGGCCGGUAGGGUGAAGAUAGCUGAUGUGGCAGGUAGAACUGCUGUAUCUGCUAUCUGGACUUUACCUUCACUUAACAUCAGGUGGGAUAGAGUCAUUUGUCGGACAUAUCUAUCAAAAAACAGUUAUUUUAUCUUUGUUUAGUUACUUUUCUAUAUAUAUAAAUAAAAAAACUAUAAACAAACUUCAUUGCAUUAUAUGCACUGUACAACGCCGCCAGCUUCGCAAAUUGCAAUGAAUAUACACAAUGAUGUCCAUUCUGGCAUGAUUCUCUAAAGCUAAACUUAAAUUUGACAACAGUGUAUCUUUGUCAAUCUCUAUACAGAAUGAAAAGGACAGACUGAUGUUAAAUUUAGUUUUAAGUUUAGAGAAUCCUGCCAGAAUUGACACCAAUGUUCGCAUUGAAUAGGGUCAGUCGAAAUAAAAUCCGACAAAAUAAUAAAGUACAAGUACCCUACUCAACGUUUUCCUUAAGGAUUGUAAAAAAUGAGUUAUCUUAUAAAAUAUAACACUUACUGGGACGAUUGGUUCGUCAAAUUCUAGUACAACAUUUUUCACAAUUUCUGAUGUAACUACCUUCUACCUAUAAGUUUGGGUUUAUUAAAUAUAGUUCAAGAUAAGGAUCACUCAGUUGGGACGAUCGAGGAAAAACAAGAUUUUCAUUUUCUCUUAAACCAGUAAGAUUUCAAUCCCGAUCUUUGUUUCACAAAUUUUCCCAGAAGCAUAAUUUAUAACAAACAUGAUAAUGUCUCAGACCAACAAAAAAAGAUAAUGUUUCAUACUUUUUUAGUAUAAGGUAGUGUUUUAAAGGAUCACUCAAAUGAACAUAGUGCAUUCUGAGUGAUCCAUAUAAACCGUUCUAAAUCUUAAACGUGGCUUUGAAAUGAAUCGAAAAUUUGUUUAGCAGCUUUCACAAAUUCUUCACAAUUAUUUCAAAUACAAAUUAUAAACACAUAGGUAGUAUUUUCUUGGAUACGCGUUAUGGCUUAUUCUUCAGGAGUCCAGAUUGAGUGAUCCAGUUAAUUAGUUCUAACUUUCUUUGUUUAGGUUUCACAAAUUUUAUACCUUACCAUUAAGUUUUCACAAUUAUUUCCUAAAUCCUCUUAUAAUUUGGUUGUGAUUGGAUGAGUUUUUUGAAAAGAUCACUCAGUCCACACGCACAUCUACCUAGGUAAUAUUAAUAUAUCUAGGUUUACUGUUUAGAGAAAUAUCCUUUCUUUUAAUAUAUAAAAUUCUCGUAUCACAGUGUAUAUUCAGUACCCUUAGCACGAACCAAUAUCGAAAUCGAAUAGUUUGCGAGUCCAAAAUGUCAUUGUCAAAUGGGUACUGAUUUUUAGUAUUAGUUACGUCCUUUGUGGCGCUGCUGUUCAAGUUUCCAUACAAAAUUUGACAAUGACAUUUCGGACUCGCAAACUAUUCGAACUCGAUAUUGGUUCGUGCUAAGGGUACAGUAGGUCUGAGAAUAGGACAAACUUUAUUCAACCACCUAAAGUGAUAAAGGGUGAAUCAACACAAAAUUAUUGUUUUGGUAAUUUUUUUAUGGUAAUAUUUUUAUGAAUCGGCAUUAAAAAUAAAUACACAAUUUUAAAACACCAACAACCUCUCAAAGUGCUGUUUCAUACGAAAUGUAUGAAACAGCUGUUUUUUUUUUGCGAUUUCGAGGUUGGCCCCAUAGUAAAAGUUGUUCCUGUUGAUGGGUAGAAUUACCUUCUAAGAGGUUGUUGGUGUUUAAAAUUAAAAGCGAAGUUCGUCCCAUAAUAAAAGUUGUUUCUGUUGAUGGGUAGAAUCACCGCCUAAGAGGUUGUUGUUUUAAACUUAACCCUGUAUACUAUACUGGCGUCCCGCCCCGGCUUCACACGGGAAAAACUUAUAAAAAUAUUUUAGGUUUUUUUAAACAUGCAUUUAAGAUAUCUAUAAUAGGAUUUUUUAUUAAUAAAAAGUUAAACUGCGAUAGACCGAAUAAAUGUUUCACAAUUCACUCGUACUCUGUCUUGUCCCCGGGCUUCGCGAACUUGAUAUAAUGUCCUUAGUUUUAGUCCAUCAAUAAACGUAUCCUAUGUAUCUAUAGAUUCUAUGAGAAAGUAAAACCCGACGCACUAUUUAUAGGCACUAUGUCCCCGCUAUGUGCCUGCAUUUUAAAUCAAAAUAUUCAUUUAAACUUCAUGCUGUAAAGAGCCAUAUUGAUCUAUAUUAAAUGCACAAUGUACCUAUGUAUUUAAGGUGCUUAAUUAUUUUUCAUAAAAAGUAAAGGAUAUAAAAAUGGUUAUUGUUGGUUAACCCUAAAAGAUAUACCAUCCAUAUAGGUAUCCUAAAUGUACUGAAAUUGUAAGAAAACCACGAAUAGACUAAACAAAAUAAGGUUCACUGUAUCUGUUUGGUUCAAUAUCACUUUUGGCAUCAUAGAAUAAAGUUAUUUGGUUAAAAUUUAAAAAUUAAUAUCUGUAAUUGACAUAGAGCAACGCUGCUGACGCGGCCAGGAGGGGAGUAGGCAUUUUCUGUCGAUUUUCCCCGCUAUUGGGCCAGCUCAUAAAUAAAACGAGUUGCGCGUAGGAUAAUUCACUACACUGAGUCAAGUCGCGUGAGUGUAUGUUAGAGAUCAAAAAUGCCAAAAUGUUAUGUAAUUUGCUGCAAAUCUGGAAUCUGGAAUAUUAAAUUUACAAAAGGAUGGUGUUAAAUUUCACAUAUAAGUAGAAUUAUUAACAUAUUACUUCUAUUUAACCACUUUUAAACACAAAACUCAUAUUUAGUUAAAAUUCAAACGUCGGCCUUGUUUCACAAAAUAAUUCACUCCCCAGUACAAACUUCAGAUCUGUCAAUAAAAAUCUUAAGUUUCAUCUAUGCCCGAUUUAGCGAUGUCAUUUGUUAUGUGCGUCGAGAGUCGUAGUUACAAUUUCGUUUUUGCGAAAAUAUAUUGGACUGUAUUUGCGUGCAUAUUCCUCCCCCCGCAAAAAGCGGCAGAAUGAUUUCAGUAGUAUUGUCAUUAUGGCAACUCUCCUCCUAGCCACGUCGGCUGUGUUACGGUAAUUAGUCACUUUCUAAUUAUUAAAAUAUUUUAAAUCUAAAGAAAAGUUUACUAGAAAAAAAUCCACGCGGACCAGGCAGCGGACGGGACUAAAUAUUUUAUUACAUAUUUUAAAAAUAUACGAUUAUUACAUACUUCUUUGUAUUUUAUUAUAUCAAUAAGCAAGCAUAAGAAUAUUCUCAUUAAAUGUAAUGACUUUUCUUAUAGGUUUUAAGUACGACUAUUUUCUGUGAUGUAAUUGUGGGCAGCGAGUUCUCGCUUAAGGUUUUUCAGUUCCGUUUCCACAUCACCUUUUCCCAGAACAACUGCUUUGUCUCUGAAGUAUCGCUGUACUAAGACGCACAUAAGCGCCGAGUAAUCUUCUCGAAUACUUGACUCGAUAUCGCGCUCCUGUAAGUGAAAAAGCCACGGGCGAGAUACUGGAUGUCAUACAGAUUAAAAAAUUUCUUCAUCAAUCUUCAGCUCGCCUAGUAGAUGUGAAACAUCAAGAACAAAAAACAGUUAAGAAAAUUAAAACCAUUCCCAAUUCUUACUGAUCAUUUAUCAAUUUAGCUAAGUAUAACAGUGAAAUAGAGAAUAGGUUUGUUUGUUAUUUUUAUAUAGCCAGGUAGGCAAAUUACUUUACCCUACCUGAUGUUAAGUGGUGAUUAAGAAAAAAAUCUUUAGAUUUAAACAUCUAGCAGUUAAAUGCUUAAAAAUAUAAUCACAUAUUGAUGUUGCUUCAUUUCCACGAUCUCAUAAUCUGCGCCAUCAAGCUCCUCAUUUUAGUUUUUAACUGUACUAUUUUAGAGAAACGCGGUCACGUAGACCAGGCAGCAGAUGGGGGCUCGAACCCGCACCCUUCCCUAUCCGGGCAAAUGCACUGACCAUUAUGUUACCAUGGCCAUGAUGUCCGAAUCGAAUUUUCUCUAGCCUUCCUUAAGCUGCAAGGCAGCGCCAUCCCUUUACAAGUAUUAAACAUUUAAAAGAAGAAAUAGCAAUAAGAGACUGGUCAGCGUGGAUUUUUUUCUAGUAAAUUGUUUUUUAGACACCUACAGACAUCUGGCAGUUACAUGCUUAAAAAAAUUAAAAUAUAAUGAUUUGUUUGUUUGAAUCACACUAUAGAAAGACAAAGGAUUGAUGCAUUCGAGAUGUGGUAUUGGAGACGAAUGCUGUGAAUACCUUGGACGGCAAGGUGCACCAAUGUAUUGAUCCUGACCCAGCUUCGUAUAGAAACUCGUUUGCCCACCUUAUGCCGGCAAUGUAUUCUUUCAUACUUCGUGGCCGAAGUGAGCAGAUGCAAUGCAAAUGUGGAAAAACUUAUUAUGGUUCGGAACACCGUGGCAAAAAAUCGUACGGUCGUUCUCCUUUAAGAUGGACCGACCAAAUUAAGAGGGGAGGCGGGCAAUGUUUUUUACAUACAAACGUUCUCGACUUAUUCCUCCUUGAUUUUUAUCACUAAAUAAUUGAUUUUCAUAAAUAAAAUAUAAUUUUACUCAUUUUAUGUUUCUAUGUCUUCAUUUUUUCGCGAGAAGCCCUCAAAAACGCCAAAAAUAAACAAAUUUUUAUCACCACUAAAGACGUCUAGUGUGGAGCUUUUUGCAUUUUUUAAACGCAAUUUACAGUGCGUGACAGCAAUAGUUUUUUCAAAUACCUAUUUCUCAAAUUUCUCUCAGCUCGCGUUCGCACUUAAAGAUUCGUCCUCAUCCAAAUUGCAUUUAUGCAUUGUUAAGAAGGCGUUGGAUAGAAACCGGUGGAAACAGAUCUUCCGCUCCAGACGCUACCGUGACGCUGACCACGUUCCUCAGACACGAGGGACUGACCCCAGACAGAGAUAGAAAGGAUAUUUUAAUCAUACAUACUAACUAUAUAGCAACAGUAUGAAAGAGACCAGCGUGCGUGGAUGCCCUGUGAUCGGUUGAGCUUCGCUCUCAACCAUUCCACUACGUUACUCAUUCCAGAAGCUGUGGGGAUUAGGUUGAAAGGUGAUGGUAAUGUAGUCUGCAUCAUGUAGUUAAUGUAAACCUGUAAAAUAAAAUCUAACAU